AUGUCCACCUCGGUCGGUGUCAAUGUCCUCCGAUGGUCCGCCCUGGCCACGGGCCUCUUCUACGGCGCCUACACGCAGCUGUCGAUAACGGCGCGUGACAAGCUCACCGCCGAGCAGCACGCCUACAGCCACAGGGAGUCGCUGAUCCGCCAGGCCAAGGCCGAGUGGGCAAAGACACACCCCCAGGAGCAGUCCACGCCCUCUGCCGCCAAGGCCGACGCCAAGGACCCCAACGCCGACCUGAACGCAGUCCUCGGCAUCACAGACGCGAAAUGA